AUGGCAAUCUCACACUUGUUAACCAAGAAUGGUUUGAAGUCGAAGUGGUUUAAACUGCAUGGAUGCUUUACUGAGCAACCUCCAGCUUUCAUCGACUCCUCCAUUCAUCGCCUACCACUGAAAAUCGAGCACUACUAUCGAUAUCUGGAUCAAAUUAUUUCUCGAACUAGUUAUGAGCAACAGCAGAUUAUCUCCUUGGGCCGGAUGUCUACAAAUGAGGAAAUGGUCCAUGAAUAUGCACACCCACCAAUGCAUGGUAAUAGUUCCUUUCAUAUUGUAGUUGUUUGUCGGCUGGGUUUUGAGUUACCUUGGUAA